CUGCCGCUCGCACCGGGAAUAUUUUUAUGUUUUUCAAUUUAUUUGCUGUUUUUCUCCAUAUUAGUAUAUGAGGGUCUCUAUACGAGAUGACAACAUAUUCAAUAAGCCUAGAUGAUGUGGACCUUGCACUGCUGCCGGUGCGCACACACAAAUACAAUGACUUCCUCAAGAAGGAACAUUUCCAGUUCCAAAUCUUAAAGACUGAGGAAGUGGAAGAACCACAGCCCACAAUUCACUACAAAUGCCACAUAUGCGCGAUCGACGUGCCCGCAGCGUUCGCGCGCGAACACACCGCGAGCCUCAAGCACCGAGCGAACGCGCGCAUCGCUCGCGUCGCCACCCAGCGCACGCGCGCGCUCAUCAACGCGCUCCCCCCUCCCCAUGCCCCCCAAACCGCGCGAUUCUGCGCAAACUGCUCUACUAUAGCCAGGAAGAACCAUGAAAAAACAAAAGAGCAUCGAGUCGCUGUCAUGCACGACAAGUUGCUAUGGGAACUGAUGACUGCUUAUGUUGGUGAUGAUACUGGUGAAGAUUCAGACUUGAGCGACACUGAUGAGUCAGUGCAUGAAGCUUCUAGAUAUUAUGAUGCAACAUGUUAUGACGUCAAUUACAAUAAAGAAGAAAAACGAAAGGAAUGCGAACCAAAAGUUUCGACAAGUGAGACAAGUAAAAAAGCAAUAGAUAGAAAGGAAGAUAAUAAAGUGGAAAAGCAAAAUGAUACUAAACCCUUAGAUAAUGAGACGAAAGUUAUAGAAGUUACAUACAAUAAGACUACAAAACCUGAAUCUAGCAAAAGCAGUGAAAUCACAAAUACUGUAACUGAGACAAAUAAAUCUGUUACUACAGAUAAAGAGCCAACCCAAAGCGCAAAAAACGAAGAAGUUGUUACUAAUCCACCUGAAGUUCAAGAUAAAAUUGAAUAUGUCGAGUUUGUCAGCAAAAACAAUAAAAUAGUAAAGGUUUUCAGUGACUAUUAUCACAGCUUCAGUAGAAAAGGAGAAACUAUAUGUUGUAAAGUAUGCAGUACUGUAUUUAAUAGUGCAAAAGUGGAUUCCCACAUGUUUUCGCUGAAGCAUUUGAAUAAGAUGCCAAGUAAUUUGAUCGACGAACACUGCGUCAGAAAGAUAGACGAGGUCUUCAGCCAUUGCAUCCUAUGCAACUCGCUGGUCAAACACACAAAUUUAGCAAAACAUUGCCUAACUAUUGGCCACAGCCAAAGAGAAAAACAAGUAGUCAGCGACAACCCAAACAUCCAAGCGACUUCUAAUUUAAAACUUGAAACAUUGAAUCAACAGAAGCCAAAACUUAAUUUAGAAGUUAAAACUGUGAACGCAGUUGCAUCGAAAAGUCCAGAAGUAAAAGCGAAGGAAGUAAAGUCAAUAGAUUGGCCGGUGAUAUAUCCCUUUGAGGUGACAAAGCAAGGAGUCCGCUGUGUCAUAUGUGACUGCUUACUGCCAAAUAACCCGGAGAACAGGAAGGACCAUCUGGUUGGGUUGAACCAUGUGGAAAAUGUUAAGAAUAAAAAAGUAAGUUUGUUAACAUCUUUAUUAUAAGAUUUAUUAUAGGUUUCGCUGACCAUCAGUGUCUUUGGUAGUGCAGUUACAAAAUAAUGAUUAUUUUUGACUAAAAUACUAUACCUUACUAAAUACAGUGCUGGACAAAAUGCAUCAUACACUGACAUAUAAAAUAAACUUUCUAUCAUAAUUACUAAGUUUAAUCGUAAAGAAAUUAUGAUAAAAAGUUUAUUUUAUAUGUCGGUGUAUGAUGCAUUUAUGUCCAGCACUGUAUAAAAGUAGUAUCUUCUUCCUCCUUCCCCUAUCCCACGUUAUGUGGGGUCGGUACAACACGUCUUCCUCUUCCAUUCUCCUCUAUCUUUCGUCAUCUCAACACUCACAUCUUUCUUCCUCAUAUCCUCUUUCACACAAUCCAUCCAGCGUUGUUUGGGUUUACCCCUCCCUCUCCAUCCAUCAACCUUCAUCUCCAACAUUCUUUUGCCUAUAUGACAUUCAUCCCUCCUCAUUACAUGACUGUAUAAAAGUAGUAUGAAUCUCAAAAUUUUUUAAUGCGCUAUGGAUGGAAAACCUAUCUAGACCUAAUCAGUACAAAUUAACUAUUAAGUUUAGGAUAUUAAGUAGUAUUUGUCCCUUAGAACAGUGUUUUUUUUAUACUCUAAAAUGGAUUAAAAUACUAUUUUGUGUGUUGCGGAGAUUUCCUACUACUUCACCAAUUUUCCAAUUUGUUUUUGUAGUUUUAAUAAUUUUUAACAAUAGUGGAACACCAAUUUUAAAUUUUUUAAUAAGACCCUUCGGUAUAAAUUGUCACUAAAAUAUUAAACGCCUUUUUAAAUUGUUUUCAUAAGCUUUAUCCAGACUCGGAUACAACACAAGCUAUUGUCACUCGUUGUGUUACUUAUGAUUCUUAUGAUGAUAAAAUGUAUACUUUACAAAAUUCACUGAUACAUUUCAAUGGAUGGAAUAAUGCUGAAAUAAGUGAAAGUGUGAGUUUGCUAUGGUACUCAUUUCUGUAUUCGUUCCUAGCAAGGAUGAAUUAUAAAGGAUUUACAAUCUUCAUACUAAGAAUCGUACCUCAUUUUUUAGCGCCACCUAUUAAAUACUAUCAUAACUACACUGAUGAUGCCU